AUGGCUCCUCCUGUGCUCUCUGAGUCCCUACUGGAGGAUGAAGACCUGCAGCAGCAGCAGCAGCUGCUGCUGCAGCAGCAGCAGCUCGACGAGCCCGUGCCCUUCAUGAGUGGGGCCCUGCUGCGGCGCAGAGAGAGGCUACCGGCUGCAGCAGCAACAGCAGCAGCAGCAGCAGCAGCAGCAGAUCCAUCGAGCAGCAGCAGCAGCAGCAGCAGCAGCAUAGCUGGGAACUGGAGUUGCUGGAGUCCUCAUCAGCAGCAGCGUCGGCCGCAGCAGCAGCAGCAGCAGCAGCAGCAGCAGCAACAGCAGCAGCAGCAGCAGCAGCAGCAGCAGGACGGGAAGAUAUUGCUGCCGUAUAGAACUGUAGCAGCAGCAGACACAGCGCAGCAGAGCCGAGCCUUUGGCUUGCCUUUGCCUUCUCUGAGCUUCGCAGCAGCAGAAGCAGCAGCAGCAAGCUGA